AUGGACUACCCCGACGAAGCCGACUACUACGCGCUCCUGGGCCUGUCGCGGACCCCGCCGCCGAACGACGCGGAGAUUCGGUCCGCCUACCGAACGCUGACGCUCAGCUUCCACCCGGACAAGCAGCCCGCCGAGUGGCACGAGGCGGCGGCGGUCCACUUCGCCCGCAUCCGCGAGGCCUACGAGACCCUCAUCGACCCGAGAAAACGGACCGUCUACGACCUCCUGGGCGCCGAGGGCGUGCGGCAGGAAUGGGGCCCCGGCGGCGUCAUGGGCCGCGGCGGCGACGCCGAGCGUCAGCUGGGUGUGCGGGCGCAAUCCCCCGAGGAGUUUCGGCGCUGGUUUUUGGAGUCCAUGAAGAGGAGGGAGCGCAGGGCGGUGAAUAGUUUGGUGCAGAGUCGGGGCGUUUUGACGGUUGGCAUCAAUGCCUCGUCGUUGAUCUCGUAUGAUGCCGAGGAGGGCGAAACACAUCUGCACAUCCCGUCGCCGUCGCCGUCGAGCUAUCGCGUCGGAUACACGUUCAAAGCCCCCGUACCGACGCUGAAGAAGUUGUUAGGGGACGAUGAGAAGGAGGAACCAGAGGAGGAGGGGGAGAAGGCGGCCGCAACAGAUGGGUCCGCCGAGGAGCAGAAGCGCGACGUGAUGGAGGAGGAAGAGAUGCAGAUGACGAUUACGGCCAGCGUGGGAGGCCCGCUGAAGCGCGUGAAACAGAAGGCAACGAUAACGCAUAUGGAUGGAACGACGGAAGAGCGAAAGCUGCCGCUACCGCCCAUUCUCGUCUCCGAGCAGAUGGCGCUGGGCGCGGGUGUGACCAAGAUCUUUGGAGACGUCUCGAGCAAGAAGGGAAUCUUCAACUGGCGGCCGUUCUCCUUCCUUAGCUAUACGGGGGUGUCUGUGAACGCCGGGAUCUUGCCUGCGCCGUCGCUGCGAACGAACGUGGCCAAGGCUGUGACGCUUGUCCCUGGAACGAAACCGUUCAGUGUCAACCUCAGCACGACCUUCAACCGAUCGCUGAAUCAGUGUCCACCAUCGAUUGGGCUCCAAUUGACGAAGCAGAUUGGCGAGAGGAAGCAUGCCGUCUGUAACUGGUCGAGUGGGACUCUCACCUGGCCGGAGGCCGUGCAGGAGUUCUUCAACCCGUUGGUCCCCAUGGGAAUUGAUAUAGAUUCGGCGCUGUCGGCUCCUACCGAGAUGAGCCAGUUCUCGUUUGCGAUCAUGUCGAGCCCCCGCUCAACGAAGAAUACCGCGCCUAUGGAUGACGAAGACGAUGAGGAGGAUCAUAUGGACGAAGAAGAGGACGAGGACGUCGAGUACAAACGGGUCCGCUCCCAGCAGCGCGCUGAAGACAAGGCUGCGGAAGCCUGGCAGGUAGUCGCGGCUGCAUCUCCCCAGGGCAGCGCCUUGUCUUUCAUGUAUGCUCGUAAUAUCUUCUCGGGCACUGCGGCGAACGACCCGGCGCGGUCGGAAUGGAGUUCGGAGGGCCAUUAUCCACUACCACCGGCGAAUGAACCCCGUUCAGUUCGAGUCGAGGUCCGCAGCACCCUCAGUCUUGAUAUGUCCCUUGGGUGGUCUAUCGAGGGUACGCGUCAGGUGGGAGAGUUCACCCGGAUGGGUGUUGGUGUCGGUGUUGAAGGCGCCCGUGGCAUCGUCAUGACGGUUUCGUGGAACCGCUUGGGCCAAAGGAUCCGGCUUCCCAUUGCUGUUUGUCCUAUAGAUGCGGUCAAUGCGGAUUCCGCCGCAUUGGCCAUUCUCUUCCCGUGGGUUGCGUACUGCGCGCUUGAAUUCGGAUUCAUCCGUCCGCGCGAGCGCAAGAAGCGUCGGCGUGUUAUUGCGCGCCGCCAGAAGGAGCUGAAGAAGCUCAUCCCAAAGAAGCGAGCAGAGAGCCAGCAAGCGAUUGAGCUGAUGCGAGAUCAGGUACAACGACGGCAGGCCCGGGAGGAGAAACAGGAUGGGCUGGUCAUCACCAAAGCCGAAUAUGUUCCACAGCCCUUGAAGAAGAGCAAGAAGAAGACGAGCAGCAAGAUGGAGGGCUAUGAGGCGGCUGAUGUUACUAUUCCGGUGGCUGCGUUGGUUGAUCGGGGGCAGCUAGUGAUUCCCCCGAACACCACCAAGGUUUGUCUUCUGGCUCUUCUGUGA